CUCACCCGCGCGCUGGUGUCGGUGCGCCCGUGUGCUUUUCUUCUUAUUGCACGCUUGACCAUCAGAGUGCAACCCGAGACAUGGCAGCGAACCGGGUGGGCAGACGGUAUAACAGUAAAGUGCACUCUCCCAGCAGAGGCUCGGGCCGGGAGUCAGGACUGAGUGUACAGAAGAGACAAGCCCGAGUUACAGUCAAAUAUAACAGAAAGGAGCUGCAGAGGCGCCUGGAUGUGGAGAAAUGGAUAGACGCGGGGCUGGACGAGCUCUUCUUGGGAAGGGAAGAGCACAUGCCCGAGGAGGUGAAUAUUGAUGAACUUUUAGACCUGCAGAGUGAUGAGGAGAGGACCAAAAGGCUCCAGGAUAUUCUUCAUUUAUGUAACACUAACACAGAAGCAUUUAUUAAGGAGCUGGUUUCGAAGCUUCACGGCCUGCAGAAACAGGAAGACCUCCACAAUGAUGGCAUUGAGCAUCCUCAGCUCCACAUCUUCCCCAAGCGCCAAAACUCUGACAAUUCUGAUAUAAUUUAAGAUGCACUGACAGCACCUCCUGCUUGUGUGAACAGACCGUUUCCUGUUUAACCCUACCAACAAGUCACCACUGUUUAGUUUUAGUAUUGUCGUUUUAACACGGACUGCAACUGAAAUGCAUGCAGAGCAUUGGCAUGGAACUAUUUUCAGUAUUCAACCUGUAAAACAAUAUACAAAUACACACACGCACACACUAUUUAUUUUCUAUUUAACAUGACUAUUGAUGUCUGGUGGUUCACAAGUACAUUUUUAUUUUAGUUCAAGUGAAUUGUGUUCACUUUCUUAAUGUGUUUCCUGUAUGAAUUGUGAAACAUUUUUUCCACUUUUUGUGAUGACCCUAGUAGUUUUAAUCCU